CGGUGCCCCGUCCUGGGCGCGCACUCUGAUUGGCCCGAGGGACUGUCUAUCUCCGGCCGACACUGCUAGCCUGCUCCUUGCGCGCUGAUUGGCCCAGGAGAACGGUCCUUCGGCAUCGAGGGCGGAGCAGACGGGAGGGCCCGGUCUGGAUUGGGCGGUGUCAAAACGAGGGGCGGUCCCUACUGGCGGGGCGGUUGGGAGGCGAAGGGAGAGUCUUUUCAGCGCUGAGGACUGGCGCUGAGGAGGCGGCGGUGGCUCCCGGGGCGUUUGAGCGGGCUCACCCGAGCCCGCGGGCCAACGCGGAACCAGGCCCGACUGGCGGGACCGCCCCGGACUCCCCGCGGGGCUUCCUAGCCGCCAUGGAGGACGGUGUCUAUGAGCCCCCAGACCUGACUCCGGAGGAGCGGAUGGAGCUGGAAAACAUCCGGCGGCGGAAGCAGGAGCUGCUGGUGGAGAUCCAGCGCCUGCGCGAGGAGCUCAGCGAAGCCAUGAGCGAGGUGGAGGGUCUGGAGGCCAAUGAGGGCAGUAAGACCUUGCAGCGGAACCGGAAGAUGGCAAUGGGCAGGAAGAAGUUCAACAUGGACCCCAAGAAGGGGAUCCAGUUCUUGGUGGAGAACGAACUUCUGCAGAACACACCUGAGGAGAUCGCCCGCUUCCUGUACAAGGGCGAGGGCCUGAACAAGACGGCCAUCGGGGACUACCUGGGGGAGAGGGAAGAGCUGAACCUGGCCGUGCUGCACGCCUUUGUGGAUCUGCAUGAGUUCACUGACCUCAAUCUGGUGCAGGCGCUCAGGCAGUUUCUGUGGAGCUUCCGCCUCCCUGGAGAGGCCCAGAAGAUUGACCGGAUGAUGGAAGCCUUUGCCCAGCGAUACUGCCUGUGUAACCCCGGGGUUUUCCAGUCCACAGACACCUGCUACGUGCUGUCCUUCGCCGUGAUCAUGCUGAACACCAGCCUGCACAACCCCAACGUCCGGGACAAGCCGGGCCUGGAGCGCUUUGUGGCCAUGAACCGGGGCAUCAACGAGGGCGGGGACCUGCCUGAGGAGCUGCUCAGGAACCUCUACGACAGCAUUCGAAACGAGCCCUUCAAGAUCCCGGAGGAUGACGGGAAUGAUCUGACCCACACCUUCUUCAACCCGGACCGGGAGGGCUGGCUCCUUAAGCUGGGGGGCCGGGUGAAGACGUGGAAGCGGCGCUGGUUUAUCCUCACCGACAACUGCCUCUACUACUUUGAGUACACCACGGACAAGGAGCCCCGAGGAAUCAUCCCCCUGGAGAACCUGAGCAUCCGGGAGGUGGACGACCCCCGGAAACCAAACUGCUUUGAGCUUUAUAUCCCCAACAACAAGGGGCAGCUCAUCAAAGCCUGCAAAACGGAGGCAGAUGGCCGCGUGGUUGAGGGGAACCACAUGGUGUACCGGAUCUCGGCCCCCACUCAGGAGGAGAAGGAGGAGUGGAUCAAGUCCAUCCAGGCAGCUGUGAGCGUGGACCCCUUCUACGAGAUGCUGGCCGCCAGGAAGAAGCGGAUUUCUGUCAAGAAGAAGCAGGAGCAGCCCUGACCCUGUCCCCCACUCCGUUAUUUAUUGCUGCGCCACCCCGCCCGGGUGGCCGGACCCCUGGGACGGGGGCUGUGGAUGCUGGUUCCCCGUUUGGAAAACGUACCACCUCUAGUUCCUCUCUCAUUAUUUGUAAUUAACGCACUGUUGGUAAUAUUAAUUAUUGAACUGCU